AUGGUCGGUUUAACUGGUCUUCCUGAGCCACCACGAUCAGAACCGAUCCGACCUCCUUCAUCCCAAGAGAUACCUUCCUCCCCACCUUCUGUCGCAUCCGAAGCUGCUGGUGGGCGCCGACAGAGAAAACCACCAACUGUUACGCCGCGUUCUUUCCGACGUUUUUUCACGCCACGAUCCUUGCUGAACAGCGGGAAUGCUAGUCAUGUGAAGACGAAUCGUCAGGCAUUGAGGGCCCUCAAUUCGCCAGCUGUUAAUCGACUGGGUCCGGCCUUUACUCGAUCUUCGAAAACGACUAGCCCUCGGACUUUUGCACAUGGUCUACCGGAAGAGUUCCCUCGCACCCCAAGCCGAAAGCGCAAACACUCGUUCUCGUCAGUCGCGUCACCUGUGCAAUCAUCACCUUUAAAGAAAGUUAGACUUCGUUCGCCGGUUGGUGAUGAUGUGGAGCAAAGAGCUGUCCUCGGAGAUAUCGAUAUCACGGCCGUGAUCACCAGAGGCCGCGAUACAUCGCCCGUUGGUCCACCCAAACGUCGACCAGUGUCACCCGUGAGCCGAUCUAGGGUACUGCAAACGUCGGGUUCGUUAUUCAUGCGAACUCUCCAAGGUUCACGUACGAGGACUAAGAUCACCAGGUCAACACUGGGAGCGGGCUGGCAAGACCUCACGUCCAAUUUCCAUUCGCGUGCUGAAGAUCGCCAUUCCUGCUCUAGCUAUGCCAACGAAGGGCAAUUGGCGCUUCCUUUCUGUAACGCGUCAUGUAACACGAACUCUCUGGUUGCCGUUGGUGACGAGGAAGGCGGGAUUCGUCUGCUCGACUCAUCCAAAGACGAUGAACGAGGCUUUUCCAGCGCGUAUCUUGGCUUUCGCCCACAUUUGAAUUCAAUUAUGGAUCUUGAAUUUUCCUCUGACGAUCUUCUGUUGGCUACUGCUUCUGGAGAUCAAACAUCCUUGAUCAUCGACAUGACCACUCAGAGAGCAAUUCACUGUUUAAACAACCAUGCCUCCUCUGUCAAGCGAGUUCAAUUCCAGCCGGCAUCUAACAAUAAGGUCCUGGCGACAUGCAGUCGCGACGGAAACGUGAGCAUCUGGGAUCUGCGAUGUAAAGGUAUUGAGCGUCCGUCAUUGCAGGUCAGAUGUUCUCUGGAGUCCGAAUCCGAAUCUGCACAGGCUGCAGUGACCGCCAAGAUGACCUACCCUCAAGUGCUCAACACCAUCCACGGUGCUCAUGCGUACAGCACGCCCCAUAAGGCAGUUUUGGAGAAAGCGGACUUGCCUCCGUUUGGCCGUUCUGAUAUCACAGUCACUUCGUUGGCCUUUCUGCCACCAGGCCAGGAGAAUCUAUUCGUCACGGCAUCCGAGGCAAGCGCAAGUGUACGACUGUGGGACUUGCGGACAGCACACAACAAUCGGCGCGGUCGGCCAGUGCUACCUCUCUCCACUACCCGUGAACCCGAUAGUCACGUCAAAUACCGGCGGUUUGGGUUGACCUCCAUGGCCUUUGGUGGAGAAGGCGCCAGACUCUACACCCUUUGUCGAGACGGAACCGUUUACACGUAUUCAACCUCGCAUUUGGUGCUUGGGCAUGCGCCCGAGUUAUCACUGAACCACGCCCAUCCUCGACGAUCUGGGGGCUCUGACAAAGAGGGACUUGGUCCGUUACACGGCUUUCGUCAUCCUCGCCUUCAAGUCUCAACUUUUUACGUGAAGCUUGCAGUUCGCAAGGCUUCCUACGACCGCCCGGAAAUACUAGCUGUUGGCAGCAGUGAUCAAUGUCCGCUCUUGUUCCCUACAGACGAGAAGUUUUUACAGUCACCGGUGCAACUCUAUCCAAAUGACCUGCCUCCUACGCGAACUUCUCUCUUCACUACUCGAUCUGGCCUCCGUCGUUCCAACUCCAGCGCCGGUCUUUCGGGGAGACUUGAGCACACAAUUCCUAUUUAUGAGUCGGGCACUCCUCUUGUUGAAGGUCACCAGAAAGAAGUCACUGGAAUUUCAUGGACAGCGGACGGCGAGCUCAUCACUGUUAGCGACGACUAUUCUGCUCGCUGCUGGCGUGAAGGGCCAGAAGCUCGGGAGCUUCGGACCCAGGGCCACAAGGAUGGCCGAGACUGGCAAUGCGGAUGGGCUGCAUCGAAAGACUCGUACGAUGAUGAAGAUGAAUGA